CGGGACACCAUCUGGGCUCUUUGAUAAAGGAGGGAAGAGGGUGGUGUGUGACCGGCUGAUAACCCAAGGCUGCUGAGUCACGGCAUGCAGCAGGUCGAUCAUAGCACACCUCGACGCCACUGCUGGCUUCCACUUCUGGAGGAAGGAAGGAAAAGGAAACUGACAGGGUAGCUCACAGCGGCGUGACGCUCAGCCUCGCAGCGGGACGCCUCUUCUUUACUAGAGAGAGCAGCUGCCGGACAAACCGCCACUGACUCAAGCGCUGGACUCCCAAUCGGAUUCAUUAUCGGGACGUACUGAGAGGUGGCCUUCAUCAGCCACAGGCGGCCCGGAGGAUGGCAACUCGGCUCUAUAACCCCCAGAAGGAACCGGAGAUCGAGCUGUUUGUCAAGGCUGCCUUGGAUGGAGAAAACGUCGGAAAUUGCCCCUUCUGUCAGAGCCUUUUCAUGGUCCUGUGGCUGAAAGGUGUCCGAUUCAAUGUGACAACGGUGGAUAUGACAAGGAAACCGGACGAGCUGAAAGAUCUCGCCCCUGGAAUUAAUCCUCCAUUCCUGGUCUUCAACAAGGAGCUGAAAACAGACUUCCUGAAGAUUGAAGACUUUCUGGAGCAGACCCUCACACCACCCAAGCACCCACAGCUUGCCCCCAAAAACAGAGAGUCCAUGGAGGUGGGCAGAAACAUCUUUGCCAAGUUCUCUGCGUACAUCAAGAACCCCCACAAGGAAGCAAGCAAGAAUCUGGAGAAAGCUCUGCUGAAGGAGUUCCAGCGCCUGGAUGAUUAUUUAAGCACUCCGCUCCCAGAGGAAAUUGACCAUCACUGCACAGAGGAAAUACUGGUCUCUCAAAGGAAGUUCCUGGAUGGGGACAGGAUGACCUUAGCCGAUUGCAAUCUACUGCCCAAACUCAACAUCAUCAAGGUGGCUGCAAAGAAAUAUCGCAACUUUGAGAUCCCCCGUGAAAUGGCGGCCGUGUGGCGCUAUCUCCACCAUGCGUACACCUGCGAUGAGUUUAGCCACACCUGUCCGGCCGAUGAGGAGAUUGAGCGCACGUACGCCAGCAUGGCCAAGAAGAUGAGUUAAGGCCAGCAUCUCAAGGACGCACAGCUUCCAUUCAAGAUGGCCCCUUUCGAACUCUUCCCUUUCUGCUCAUGGUCUUUACGAGGAAGCAGGUCUUACCACAUCACUGGCUUCAAGAAAGCUCUGCCGCCCUGGAUACCUCAUCAUGCUAGACUUCAAGGACUCCUUCAAAUGUCCUUAAGGCGUGGGGGUCUCUCUCUCUCUCUCUCUCCAGAAGCCUGUUUUCUCACGUCUGUCUUCUUUCCACCAUGAGUUAACUGUAUGUGUUGGACUGAUAUACUCCACAUGGAUCUCUCUGUGACUUCUGGGCACCCACCCGCUCCACCUUGCCCUCGCUCUUCAACCCCAUGGCUUGGGGACUCUGCUGGAAAGCUGUGUGUUACUUCUGAACACUAACUUUCAAAGACUUCUACUGCAUAAUUUCUCUGCUUUAAAGCCUGCUGUAAGAUGAGGAGUGGGUGGUGGGUGGGUGGGGAGCAACGCUUUCAGGCUUGCUUAAAGUGGGGGCACUAAGGGGAUGGAUGCCCAAAUCCAGCUUGGGGCUCUCAAAACAAUUUAUAGCACUUUCAGCCAGACUGGCUGCGUGACACUUAAAUCUCUCAUUUUCCACCCUGGUUGGAAUGUUCUCCCUCUCCCUUAGUCAGAAAGGAAGGCAUAUCCCUGUGCAUAAGCAGAGUGCUUAUCUUUCUAGACUACUAAGGGAAGUGGUAAGCAGAGUAUUGUUGAACCCCCACCCACCCCUUCCAGGGCUUGGCCGUACCAUGAAGCAGAGCAAGACAGCCUCGUUGGGUAGCAGAUGCUGAGGAAGGCAGGGACCUACUGCUGGAGAGAGCUUUGGUUUGCCUAAGCUGACCUCCUGCCUUCUGGCAUGGUGCAAAAUGUUCUCCCAUCCCCGGGGUUGGGGAAACACUUCAUCUGCCGGUCGAGCCAACUUUUGUACAUGGAAUUGAAGAGAUAUCGGAGAUAUGUCUGUUAUGUAGACAUAAUAUCCUGGGAGGGCCCUGAUCCACCCCUCUUAAGCACAACCCUCCUUAUCUCCGACCAAGACAGGAUAGCUUGGAAAACAUUCAGAAGAAGCAACUUAUUCUUGACCUGUGACCUUUUUUGGACUGCAACUGCCAAGAUCUCCUAAAUAGUAUGGCAGUGGUCUUCUUGCCUGGGGGAUUCUGAGCACUGCAGUCCAAAAAAAGGAACUUCUCCGACUCUGGGAGGCAAGCACACCAUGCUGUUCUGAGCUUCAGCAGCUGGGACCCUCCCAGUGUUUCUUAGUAGCUACUUUCCCAUACCUGAACCCUUUCUGAGCUCAUUGGCAAAAGACCAGCAGGAAAAGCAAACACAAAGCUACCCAGUUCAAGGUGCCAAACACACCAAGGCAAACUUGUGUGCGUUCAUCCUUUGUUGUCCUGUUAUUGCCACAGAAAAGAGAGCUGGGAUUUGCCUGCUUAGGUAUGUGAAAGUAGGAGGGUGGGUUUGUAUGCUUAGAAAAUAAGAUUCAUACGGUGAACUAAGAUGAAGGGCAGAUUGGUGAAAGGGGCGGAGAAGUCCCAAAACAAGAGGGAGAGCGUUUUUGCAGAAGGUCAUCAUGGCAGAUGAUGACCUUCAAACCUAUUCAGUGUUCCUUCUGCUUUGAAUGGCUCUCUCCUUGAGCCACACAUGCAUUGAGAGCCAGCUGAGUUUCACACAGCUGUGUUUAGAUAUGCAAAGAGUGGUUUGGUGGGUCCUGUGCUACUUUCUCUCCACCUAGUAGGGUCAAAUCACUAUCAAAACUCCUCACCAGUGAACCUGCUUUUGCAAGAGGUGAACAGAUCUUAACAUAAACUGUUUCAUCAACAUUUUCUUU